GUGAGUGGUUCUUUGUACUGUAUCGCACUCUCCACAUAAAUUUUAAGUACAAUCUCAUUUCUCACUUGGCCUGGCAACAAAAGGAAAACAAAUUUCAUAUAGAAUACAAACUCUUCUCAGAUAGGAUGUCUUAUUGGCCUGUCGUACUCGAAAUUUUAGCGGGAAUUCUACAGAUGCUUGCAGCAAGAGUUCAAUAUGAUACGGUCAAAACAAAUGUGAGGAAUUUGUUCCAGUGCCUUACCACGGUGGAUAACAUUGUCGUUGGAGCGGCUGAGUUAGGUGCAGCAUGCAUGAUUCUUUUCGCUCAUUUCUCCGCUACAAUCUUUUUCACCCGCUCUAGUCGGGAUGCGAACAAGCUCGUCAUAAAGAUAUAUGCAAUAGCUUAUUUGGUGAUAUCAUGGAUCAUAUUUGGUAUUGGAAUUGUGUGUACAGCGUUGGGACUAAUGGUGAACUUUUCUAAUGGAUUGUGUUCAAUCACUCACCCCGGCUAUCUAUUCACAGGAGCAAUUCUUUGGUUUGGGCUAAGUGCCCUUUACGGAAUGGCUUGUAUCACCACUCUUCCCAACGUACAGACUUCGUAACUGCGUAUGAUGACGACGAAUCAAAUAAAUUGCUAAUUCGUGAAGAUCUGUACAACUUACAAAUCUUUGAGUAUAAUUAGUUGUUACCUAGUAUAAUUAUGUGUCACAAAAAUUAAUAUUUCAUUGUAUUAUUAAUUUAUCCCACUCUGUAUAUAUAUAUAUACUCCGU